AUGGGUGUGCGUCCGCAGUUUCCUCAGAAGCCUGGGCGCCGACGACCUGGCGGGGGCGGCCGGGGCCAGGCGAGGUCCGCGCAAGGCCCGGACUCUCACUCCAGUCCAGCUCCUGACCCACAUCCCCGUCCAGCCCCCGAGACACUGACCUAUUUUCGCCGGGCCCUCGAGGCGUUGAAGGAGGCUCCCGAGACUGGGGAGGAGCGCGAACUUUUGAUACAGAAUGUGCUGAAGGAAUUAGAGACACAGGCCGUAGCCUUGGCCACGGAUAGGAUGGGCAGUGAGAUGCUACAGGAGCUAUUGACAUCUAGUCCCCCAGGCCCACUGAGCAGGUUGUUUGCUGCUCUCUUACCUCACUUACGCUCCGUGGCUUGUCAUCGAAAUGGGGCCCACGUGUUGCAAAGCGUUUUGCUGCAACUGCACCGAUUCUCAGGGGCUCUUGCUAAGAAAGAGGAUGGAGAUCCAGAGACUCUGGAGGAACUGGUGCUGAAGCUGGCAACAGAAGUGCGUGAUGCCUUAGUUCUCUACAGUGGAGACACUCAUGGCAGCUUCGUGGUCAGAACUCUGCUACAGGUCUUAGGGGGGACAAUCUUGGAGUCUGAGAUAGCCAGACCUCGAGGUCCCCAGACACUUGACAAACAGCGGCCUACAGCUCGGGAAUGGAAGCCAACCAGUUUUGAGGUUCCUAGUGCUUUCUUGAACUGCUUACAAGAGCUGAGUUCCUGUUUUCUGAAGGAUAUUUCUGUGUUCAUCACUGACAAGGUCUCCAGUUUCUGCCUCCAAGUAGCGCUACAGGUACUUCAUCGGAAACUUCCCAAGGCUUGUACCUGUCUUUGUGAUUCUGUGAUCAAAUACCUGAGUACUCGAAACUCUGCAGCUGAUGGCAGCCCCUUGCUGCUAUUCCUACGGGACCAGACAAGCUCCAGACUCCUAGAACAGGUAUUUCUGGUGUCAGAGCCUCCACAGCUACAGAGCCUCUUUGAAGAACACUUCCAGGGGCAGUUGCAGACCUUAGCUUCACAUCCAAUCGCCAAUUUCCCUUUGCAGCGUUUACUUGAUGCCAUUACCACCCCUGAGUUGCUGUCCCAAGUGUUUGAGGAGUUGAGUCCUGCCCUGGAAGCUGUGCUGGCGCAAGGCCAUCCAGGUGUAGUUAUUGCCUUGGUCGGUGCCUGCCGUAGAGUUGGGACCCACCAGGCCCAGAUUUUGCAGUUGCUGCUUGAGGCAUUCCACUGUGCAGAACCCCCAUCUCGACAGGUGGCCUGUGUUCCCCUCUUUGGCACCCUGACAGCCUAUGAGGUAUAUUAUGGACUAGAAUUGGAAGAGGAUGUGCCUUCUGAGCACAAGAUGGAGAUAGCUACAGCCCGGCCCCUGGGGGAUGUAACUGUUCCUGGGUCACUCUUGCUUCAACACCUGCUGCACUUCUCAAACCUGAGUCCUGUGCUUCGAAGUCUGACUUCUAUGGAAGGACCACAACUUCUGGCCCUGGCCCAAAGCCCUGCUGGUUCCCAUGUUCUGGAUGCUGUGCUGACUAGCUCUACUGUCACCAAAAAACAGCGUCGAAGAAUCCUACAGCCUCUCAAGGGACAUUAUGUGGCUCUGGCCUGCAGCCGUCAUGGUAGUCGAGUGCUGGAUGCCAUUUGGAAUGGAGCAACUUUGGGGACCCGUAAGGAGAUUGCUGCCGAGUUGGGUGAGCAGGACCAGGAGCUGAUGAGAGAUCCCUUUGGCCAUCAUGUAGCCCGAAAUGUAGGAUUAAGCACUUUCCUGAAGCGACGAGGAGACUGGGAACAGCAACAAGGGGCAGUGGCCAAGCGAAGAAAAGCAUUGAGCACCAUACUUGGAGACUGAAGCUUUUAGACCUGGGGAUGAAGCAGGGGUGGGAAGGGGGAACUAGCUUUUAAUUUGACUCAGAAAUGCUAAUAGUAAAUAUUUUUCUAUUUUUAUUGGAAA